GUACGAUCAGGCACUCAGCUUGAAAACUACUUAAACCCAGCAAAUCUUCCUCCUCUUGAUCCAAUUGUUCGUCUGAAUCAAUCAAUCAUCGACGACAACAACAACAUCAACAAGUAUGGUUACAAAAGAACAAAUUCACGACUCUUCACUUCCAGUCAGGGAACGUAUGGAGGCCCUUAUCCGUUGGAAACAACAAGAAAUCACCCUGGCCCUCGCUGCUUUAGACACCGUCACCUUCCACACCGACAAGUGGACCAGAGGUAACACCGGUGGUGGUGGUGAAUCAAUGGUGCUUCAAAACGGUACCACUUUCGAAAAGGGUGGUGUCAACAUCUCCAUCGUCCAUGGGAAGUUGCCUCAUGAGGCUGUCACCCGUAUGAAAGCCGAUCACUCCAACCUUAAGGAAUCUGCCAAAGAUGGCAGCGUUGAUUUCUUUGCCUGUGGAUUGAGUAUGGUCAUCCAUCCAAUCAACCCUCAUGCCCCAACUACCCAUGCCAACUACAGAUAUUUCGAGACUACUGAUCCAGAAACCAAGGAAGUGCAAGCCUGGUGGUUUGGUGGUGGUGCCGACUUGACUCCUUCCUACUUGUACGAAGAAGAUGCCAAGCAUUUCCAUCAACAACACAAGGACGCUUUGGACAAGUUUGACAAGGACUUGUACCCUAAGUGGAAGAAAUGGUGUGACGAGUACUUUUUCAUUAAGCACCGUGGAGAAACUAGAGGUGUCGGUGGUAUUUUCUUUGAUGAUUACGAUGAAAAGUCUCCUGAUGAAAUCUUGAAGAUUGUCGAAUCGGCUUUUGAUGCAUUCAUCCCAGCCUACUGCCCCAUCAUUGCCAAGCGUAAGGAUACUCCAUACACUCCAGAACAAAAGCAAUGGCAACAAAUCAGAAGAGGAAGAUACGUCGAAUUCAAUUUAGUGUUGGACAGAGGUACUCAAUUCGGAUUGCAAACUCCAGGAUCCAGAGUUGAAUCGAUCUUGAUGUCAUUACCAGCUACUGCUGCUUGGGCUUAUGAUCAUCAUCCUGAAAAGGGUUCUGAUGAAGAUAAGUUGUUGGAAGUUUUGAAGAACCCUGUUGAAUGGGUUUAAUUUAGCCUCUCGCGAAAAGACAAAAAGAACCUGAUGGGUUAACCCCCUCACCCACCCUACUGAAUGGGAAUAUCCUCUUAUGAAUGCUAUUUACCUCUAUAACAUUAACUGUAUAUAAUGUUUAGUUUACUUGAAUUUAAUAAAGCUUUGAUCACGUG